UCGCGCGCGGCCAGUCGUGUUUGGACCGGAGCCGGAGGAUCAGUUAGUUCUGCCGGUACCACCCAGUUCACCGGCGACACGUCAGCCGGACAGCUCGAAUUUUAUUAUUAUUUGUAGUAUUUGGAUUUUUUUUUGUUUUCCAGCCAUUUUAAAAAUUGUUUGCAGUUAAUUUUCUAACUAACUGCAGAGCGCAAAAGUUGAAGUGAGUUUUUUGCUCGUUAAAACCUUUGAGGACACAUUUACAUUUACUUUCUAUUUAACUUUAAUGGACUGUUGAGGGUUUAUUCUCUCAGACUGCUCAGACACUACCUGAUAAUUACCUGGGAGCACUGAGGACACGCUGCUGAGGAGAAAUGUGGCGCAAAGUGUCGCUGCUGAUUUUGUGCUGCGCUGUGAGCGGACUCGAUGCUCAGGAGGCGGACAGGAGCACCGACCCACCCCGGGAUAAGAUGCUGCUGGCCGGAACCGAGGAGCUGAGUCAGCCGGACAAAGAUGCUCCAUUCGCCGGUGAGGUGGAGGAAAGUCAGCGGGGAGGCGAGCAGCAGCUGCCGGGGACAGUCCAGCAGCCCACCGUGGAGCCUCUGGAGGAAGAGAUGGACAACCAGGAGAACAUCAUCAGCCAGUUGCUGGGUGAUUACGACAAAGUCAGAACGACGUCUUCAGGGUCCGACUGUGUGUGUCGCUGUAUUGUUCGGCCCAUCAAACGCUCUGACUGCAGCCGUAUUCAUGACAGCGACCCGUCCUCACCAUCCCAGCAUUUUUACACAGUAGAGACGAUCACCAAGGGAACAGACUGCAAGAAGUGUGAGUGCAUGGCUCCACCUUCAGCCGUGAACCCGUGCGAGGGAGAGUACAGGUUCAAAAAGCUGCAGGACGCCACCAAAGAUGACAUCAAGCUGGCGACUAUCAUUGACCUGCUGGAGGGCUCUCUGUAUGGAAUGGACUUGUUAAAGCUGCACUCUGUCACCACCAAGCUGCUGAGCCGAGUGGACAACAUGGAGAAGGCGUUCGUUGGAAAUUUUACCGAAAGAGCGAGAGAGAAGGAACGUGCGAAGGAAAGAGCAAAGGAAAAGGAAAAAGACAAGAAGGCCCAGCAGAAAAAAAAGAAAGUCAAUGACUUGGAGCGCUCAGGACCUAAAAGUGGAGCAGCAGCCUACGCCAACAAGCAGAAGAAUUAUGACAGUCAUCUGAAGAAAAACCAGCAAGAUGGUCUGGAGCAACAGCAGCCAACCAGGAACAAGACAGAAGCUCAAAAGCCCAUCAAAGAGAAGACAGAGCCAAGGCAGCCAAUCAAAGACAAGAACAGUGUGGUCAUCAAGGGCGUGACCUUUUACAAGGCAGCGGAAGAGACCUUCAUGGGGGGAGAGAAAGGGAGAGGAAAGAAUACCACUCUAACCUCAGAUGUUUCACUGGACUUGCUGAUCUCUGACCAGCUGCCGCCUACAGUAGAUAAAACUGUUACCACAAAACCAGACAAGGAUCUGUCAAGGUCCCUAAGCAGUCCGGCACCAACAGCUCCACCAACAACCAGCCGACAAACCACAACUACAACCAAACCAACUCCAUCCACCAUCAAACCGACGACUGAAAUAACCCCGACAACAACUAUAAGACCAACAACAACCAAACUGACAACUCCUUCCCAACAAACUACCAGAACUACUGUUCGGCCCAGCACCCAGCAAACCGCUUCACCCUCAGACACCAUUAUCCGUCCACCCAGUGAUGCUUCUCCCACCGCAACGUCUAAACCCGGACCCAAGAGUCGACUCAGCUGGACGGAGAGUCCCACUGACCAGCUGAAGACCACCAAAAAGCCUGCGGUGUGUAAAGACACGGUAGCUAGCAUCUCCGAACCAGUCCAGCAGAACUCCUACGGCCUCAGUGAUGGAGCCUGGAUGAGAGAUGCUCGCGGCCAUGGAAAUGUCAUCUACCUAACCAAUGGUCACUAUGGCAACAAUCUCCUGGAGUUCAGAGACAUGGACACCUUCAAAUCAGGUCAGGCAAGUAACUCGUACAAGCUGCCCUACAGUUUCACGGGAACAGGCCACGUUGUAUUCAAUGGAGCUUUCUACUACAACCGUGCCUUCAGCAGGGAUGUCAUCAGAUAUGACCUGAGACACAGAUACGUAGCUGCCUGGACCACAUUACAUGACGCUUUACUGGAGGAGCAAGCUCACAGGACGCAGACUGAAGUGGAGUUUGCUGUGGAUGAGUCCGGCCUGUGGCUGCUGUAUCCGGCUCUGGACACUGAAGGCUUCCACCAGGAAGUGAUCCUGCUCAUCCACCUUCAUCCACGAGACCUUCAGCCGAUACGAACCUUUCGCACGGGUCUUCGGCGUGGUCGCUAUGGCAACAGCUUCCUGGUUUGUGGCGUGCUCUAUGCAGUCGACACGAUAGAACGUCGCUACGCAAACGUGACGUACGCCUUUGACACACACACACUCACGCACACUGUGCCGAGCCUGGCGUUCACGAACAUGCACACACACACCUCCCAGGUGGCUUACUGCCCACUGGACAAGAAACUGUACGCAUGGGACGAUGGACAUCAGAUGAUGUACGAUAUCAUCUUUGCUUAUUAGCUCAAUGAAGCACACAGACGUGGAAGAAAUGAGGGAUGUUCUGCAUCUUAACAUAUCCAAGAAUGAAGCUGAGGACAGAGAAAUAAGAUGUUACCUGAACAGAUAUUUAAUCAGUGUUUUGUUUCUAAAUGACUGUGGAUCAGUCAGGUGACUUCAGCUGCAGCCAAACACGCCAAAGUCACUGAGAAGAGAAAUCAGACAACAAGCAGAAAUGAAUUCAUAUUUGGAAAAGGGCAAAACUCCCUGGGCGACAUGAAUGAAUGUAAAUUUAUGGUCACACAUUUUACUCUUUUUCAACAAGUGGAACAUUUCCUAUUAUUAUGAGAAACCAUGUAUACCUGUUCCUCAGACUGUGGUGGAAAGAUCACAGAGGAACUGAGCACGCAUUAGUGCACAUUAACCACACAGAAAUGGUUCCAGAAAAGCAAAUGAAUGCCCAUGGUAGUCCGUCUCAUCCACAAGAUCUGCAUGUUUAUUUUGCUUAAAAAUAAUGACCACUGCAGAGAAAACUUUCUGUCUCUAAAGAAAGAAUAAGGAAGGACCUUCCACGAGUCUAGUGCGUUUCAACAGAAGUCAUGUGAUGAUAAGGUGACGGUGGAUUGAGCUCAGAAAAAAAAAAAACACUUUGUGUGAGGGUUUGACCAAACCUCACUUUGUCAGGUUUACCAGACAUGAGGAGCCUGUCGACUUUGGGAAAAUAGCUGUACAAGGUCAUCUGCUGUGGAACAGUUUAGUAAAAUUAGGGACAAUAGGCUUCAUACAUCAGAUUUAUCAUCUGAGCUUUGGCUUUAAGACUACAAAUUGUAGUCCUGUUGUGUAAACUGGGAAGAUAGAAAUACUUAGUCACAUGCUGUAGUAGAGGCAUGCCAUUGCAUCAUGGGA